UAAUAUUUGAGGACUACUAUAUACAAGUUGUCGAAUAUCAAAACAUAUGAUGAUGAAGUGACAAUUUCACGAGAAUCAAGUUGUUAAUACUUGCAAGCUGUAUUCUUAUAAAUCUAUUAUUAUCUGUAGUGACACGCAGAGGACCGAUAAAACAUUAGAAAUAUAACGUUAUAGUACGACAUUCAACAUUAAAAAAAGGAUUUACUUCAAAUCUUAUAGAAUAUUUCAUUCAUUUUGAUUUGGAAAUGUAUAUAUACAACAUGUAUAAAUAUUUUUUAAAAAAUUCAUACAUGGAAGUUGUAUGAGUAGAAACUAUUAGCUGUUACAUCAUCUUAUACACAAAUAUUAUAUAAUAUUUAAAAUGCCACAAGUGGAUGGUGCUACAAUACCAAUAACGAAUAAUCAGAACAGUGCAACUGUACAUAAUAAUCAUAAUACAAGUAGUUCAACUCGAUCAGCCUUAAAUAAUAACAAUAUGAAUACUGCUAGAAAUAAUAAUAACCAAAAUCCACUAGUUAAUGUAAGGGAUAGGUUGUUUCAUGCAAUAUUUAUUAAGGCUGCAUUAACUUAUGCAAGAACAUUUCCACGACCUGUCAGAAGAUUUAUAGAAUUUAUAGUUUUAUUGAAGGCUAUAGCAGCAUUUUUUGUUUUGGCUUAUAUUCAUAUAGUAUUUUCACGAGCACCAACUAAUUGUUUAGAACAUAUAAGAGAUGAUUGGCCACGUGAUGGUAUAUUAAGAGUUGAGAUACUUAAAAAUGGAGGAGAAGAUUAUAGUAUAGAAAAGAGUUAUGCAAAGGAGGAAAAGUUACGACAAGAAAAAGUUGAUGAUUUAACUAGUGCUUUAGGAAUAUUAACUAGGGAUGGAUUUAUCAAUAUUGAACCAUCAGCUGUUGAUGAAGAACGUGAUACUACUAAUGCAUUGAACGAAGAAAAUCAUGACAGUUUAACAUUAUCUGAAAAAGAAAUAGUUAUUCAAAGUGCCACUGUUUCUGGUGAAACACAAGAUCCAAAUUUAAGUAUUACUAAUACAACAACAAAUCCUUCAUUACCUACUAAACUUUGGAAUGAAAUGAAUGUAGACAGUAAAGAAAUAUCAGAUAAAAAGCUACCCCUAAUGAAUACACAGAAUAGUACUAUAGGGCAGGAUAAUAAAUCUAAUAAAGAAGAUGUUAUUCGACCUUUAAAAGAUUCAAAUUCUGAAGUUAGGGCAGGUGAUGGUUAUAUUGUAGAAUAUUCAUUAGAAUAUGGUUUCUUGAGAUUAUCGCCUGUAGCACGGCAAAGAUUAAAUAUUCCUGUAAAAAUCGUUACUUUAGAUCCUGUUAACGAUAAAUGUUUUGGCGAUGAUUUUUCAAGAUUAAUACUCGAUGAACUCUUAGGAUAUGAUGAUUUAUUAAUGGCAAGCAUUAAAACAUUGGCAGAGCAUGAAGAUAAUCAAGGUUUUUUACGAAACGUGGUAACAGGAGAACAUUAUCGAUUUGUAAACAUGUGGAUGGCUAGAACUACAUAUCUUGCUGCAUUUUUUAUCAUGUUAGUUUUUACUAUCUCCAUUUCGAUGUUACUACGGUACUCACACCACCAGAUUUUUGUCUUCAUUGUGGAUCUGCUUCAAAUGUUGGAGUUCAACUUAACGGUUACGUUCCCUGCUGCAUCUCUGCUCACGGUGCUUUUGGCCCUUGUUGGAAUGGAGGCAAUCAUGUCAGAAUUCUUCAACGACACCACGACCGCAUUUUACAUUAUACUGAUCGUUUGGAUCGCCGAUCAAUACGAUGCCAUUUGCUGCCACACGCCGGUUACAAAGAGACACUGGUUACGAUUCUUCUACCUCUAUCACUUCUCCUUCUAUGCCUACCAUUAUCGAUUCAACGGGCAGUACAGCAGUUUGGCGCUCGUCACGUCUUGGCUGUUUAUACAGCACUCGAUGCUGUACUUCUUCCACCACUACGAGUUGCCCGUGAUCCUGCAGCAGGCCCAGUUGCAGCACCUUCUGUUCCGCAAUCACGCACAGGCCGGUAUGGCCGAGCAACCCUCGCCCGAGCAGCCCAUUUCGAAUCGGGCGUUGACCGAGCCAACACCUGAACCCUCACCUGCGCGAGAGUCGACGACAGCCACCGAGAAUCAGGCCCAACAAGCGACCCCCUCGGCUCAGUUGCAACAAGGACCCGAGUCGACCAAUCCUGCCAACGCGGAGGAACGAGUCGAGGCCGCAGCGGCGACGCCAUCUUCGUCCACCAACGAAGAACAGAGCAACGAAGCAACAGGGGGCGCCGCGGAGCAGCAGCAGCAGCAGCCAUCGUCGAACAACGGGAGAUCGGAUUGCAAAACAGAGGUGGCGUUACCUGGCGUUCCGAAGAUCGGGGACAAUGGAUCAUCGACCGACAGUUCGACGACGGAGGGGUUCGAGGUGAUCGAGGCCACGGAGGCGACGCGGAAGGAAACGACAUCCUGUCAGGACAAGUAGAGGAACGUUAAAACGCCUCGAGCCAUGCCAGUUGCAUAUACACCCGGACAGUCGAGGAGGAGAGGGAGGUUGUCAUUUCAGCGCGGGUGCAUCCGCGAGAAUAGAUCGUCUUGAAGCCGAAGACCUCGAGGUUCGCAGACAAUUGAAAAAGGAGGAAAGGGAGAGAAGAGAGAGAGAGAGAGAAGAGAGAGAGAGAGAGAGAGAGAGAGAGAGAGAGAGAGAGAG